AUGGCCGCAGAUAUGGAAAAAAUGAUUGAGGAAAUUAGCAACAUGACCGUUCUGGAACUUUCCGAACUGGUCAAAGCCUUAGAGGAUAAAUUCGGAGUCAGCGCAUCAGCGGCACCCGCAAUGGCUAUGCCGGGCAUGAUGCCAGCCGCAGCUGGUGCCGCAGCUGGUGAAGAAGAAGCCGCAGCGGAAGAGAAAACCGAAUUUGAUGUGCAACUCAAAGAGUUCGGUGCCAACAAGAUUCCGGUUAUCAAAGAGGUUCGCUCCCUGACCGGACUCGGCUUGAAAGAAGCAAAAGAAAAAGUCGAAUCCGCACCAGUCGUCAUUCAAGAAGGUGUCUCUAAAGAGGAUGCUGAGAAGGCGAAAGAGCAGCUCGAAGAACUUGGCGCAGUCGUCGAAAUCAUUUAG